AUGGAGAAAUCAUGGAUGCUGUAUGAAAAGUUUAUGGGCACAAUGCUCCAGGGAAAUCAACAGCUUACAGAUGGAGGACUCCUUUUAAGAAGGGACGAGGUGGUGUUUAAGAUGAAGUCUGCAGAGGCAGACCAUCUACAUCAGUUUGUGCAGUUGAAAACUAGCGUUUCUAGUCAGUAUGUAAUUCGGAUGCAACCUACUAAUACGUGCCUUUCUACACUGGAGUGUGCAGCUGUGGCUCUUUCCAUCUUGGAAAAAAAUAAUUACAUACAAGAGACUUUGCUUCGCCCUCUUCAAGCUUUAUGCUCUUUCCAGCUUCAGCAUGGUGCUCGAAUUCGCCUCAGCAAGGAACACCUUCUGAAAAAUGGAUUAUAUCCUAAGCCAAUGCCAAAGAACAAACGCAAACUCAGGAAAAUGGAACUGUUAAUGAAUAGUGUUAAAAUUUAGUACAGUUAUUCUUAUGGUUCUAGUUUACGUGUCUUCAGUUGACAGUACCAAGUUAAGUUUUCAUACAGCUUAGGUCUGUGGGUUUUUGACUCUUUAAAGUAGAAUGAGAGUUGUAUAUUAAUCUUGCCAGAAGAAGAAGAAAGUAAACCAAAUAGCCAUAAAAACAAUGAAAAAAUUUCACUGACUCAGCAAAAAACAAUAUUUCAUACCUUAUUUGUUUUAAAAAAUGUGCCUGUAAUAUAUUUUUUUAAAUCCAUAUUUUAAUUGAUUAGUUGUUGAGCUGGGUUAGAAAUUCUUGUUUAUAAAAUGGAAGGAAAUUAUUGUGCCUGAUUGGAACGGUAUCGUUUCCAUUAAUCUUUAUAGAUAAUUAGGUAUAGACCAAUAACAGAGGAUACCUGUAUUGUAUCCUCUGCUAUCUUGUACAUGAAGUUUAUAGUUUGAAAUAAGUAACAAAAGAAAAUAAUGAUAAUCAAGUAGUUUAGAUUGAACUUAUUCAUUUCAUAAAAUAAUAUAAAGGAAUGAGGAAACUUAUUCUUUAGAGGCUAAACUUGAACUCAGCUAAUGUAAAUUAAACAUUUUAUUAAUUGCCCUUAUUUUUAAAUAAAAAAUUAAGUAGCCUGUAAUUUGAAAUAGCACACAUUUUCAUUUGUAGUUACUCUGGAAAAGUUUUGAUUUUCUAGAUGAAUUUUUAUUUUUCAUUCAUUGAAGAAGUUUAUUGACUGUGGUAAAAUGAUUUUAUUGAAGUGCUCAUAUGGAAAUUACUGAAGUAGAAUAUAACACAACUGUUAUUUUGAGAACUGUAACUAUUAGGGCUAUUUAAAUCCUUUUUUUUUUUUUUUAAAAUGGGCAAAAUCUUUCAAUUUAAGAGAACAAAAAUACCCCUUG